AUGUGGACCAUCCGAGAUAUAUACGGCCACCUACUUGAGUUCGACACGGCUCAAAUAACGCUCCCUCUUCCUACGGUGCAACGUAUUACUGCAUUCGAAAUUUGGUCAACAAGGAAAAUUCACCCGUCAUGUUAUCCUCCUCUAUUACUUGCAAUGCCGAGUGUAGAAGAGCUAGAAAUGAUAGCAUUCUUACCAAGGCGGAGACAGGUGGCUCUUCGACCCCCAAUACGAGCGGCGCUAGGAGACGCGCUCAACUCCAUCUCUCUGCUAUCAGUAGCCAAGUUUACCCUUGAUUUUCAAGAGGGCGACCCGUGGAACGAAGCAUUUGAACCUGGGCUCCUGCUCGAGUCUCCAGAUGCGCCAGAUACUGUGAGCAUGGGUCUUGCCAGAAUCAGCCGCCUCCCCACGUUGCGAAAGAUGCUAGUAGUCGGCGACCUGGCAAUUACCCCUACCCAUUUCCAACCUGUCGUGUCUAGCCAGGAACAAGACGUGCCAGGCCUACGGGAGUGUGAAUUUUACAUUGGCGCCGUUACGCCACAAGGCCAGUGGCUCUUCAGUAGGAGCACCAACGGACUGGGUUCGAACGAGGCUGGCGAACAUGAAUCUGAAUUCACUGAUGACGAAAUGGUCGAGACGCCGCCGCCUUUUGACUCGGAAGAUUCAGACACGUCCGACUUUGCACCCCACAAGGCCUGGGAUAGAGAGAAUGGCGAGAUACCGUACAUACAGUUUCGCUCGACGCCAGAUUGGUCGCUUUUCUCACCACUAAUCACUGCACUUACGCGCUGUGUUACGGAUUACCCCGACCUCGAAACUUUUACGGUCCAUAUUGGCACAGUAUCGAAUAUUACGGCGCCGGUAUUGCGUAUGACAGAGAGGACGAAAAAUACAACGCCAAUAUGCACCUGCCACGAUGGUAUAUAUUCUUCCAAGAAGAACACAACUUGGGGUGGGAGAUACCAACGGAGUGGCUAGAUGCCUUGUACAGCACAGUAGAGAAGGGUUGCGUGUUGGUUCAUAGCAAGAACAAAGAUACGGUACUGUGAAGAGAAGAAAUUCCU